CGGUAGAGAAAAGGACGACUUGGCAGCAGAGAGGCAACGAAUUUACCCACUAAAACUGCCUGGAUUUUGGGUUGUUCGAAGCUGGCCACCGAACUGUGGGCCGAGGAGGUGAGAUCGAGUUAUCACAGGCAACGACAGAGCUUACAGCGGCGGCGACUACUGGGGAGUCGAUGUCAGGGGAAGAAGAGGAGGAGCCGGAGGAGCUUGGCGGCAAUGGACUCAAGGAGGAUGAAGGUGACGAUGACGGAUGGACCCGGGUGUCCGGGAAGGUCGACGUCGGCAGUGCAGAGGAAGAACAAAAGGAGGUAAAGAGCGGGGAGUUUGAGCGUGGAAUCUCGGACGAUGACCUAGGUUCACCGGCAGCAAAGGGGGUCGUAUCGAUCGAUCAAGGUCGGCUAAUGAGGUUGAGGAAGGGUUAGCGGAUGAGGAUUCUUAGAAAAGGCAAGACGAUGCGAGCAACCGCACCACCAUUGACGAGAUGACAAUGAGCUAAGUGAGGAGUUAGAGUUAGACUUGUGUAGUUUUUAUUGUUUCAUGAUUAUGAGUAUAUACUGGAGGUUCAAGGUUCAAAGUUAUGUUGUUUUAUUGACUAAAGAUUGAGGCUGCCCAAGUGUUUAGGGAAUUUUAUUUGAAAAUGAUAUCGUUGUAUUCGUUUUAAUGAAAUUUGAGUCUUAUU